AUGCCGACAUUCGAUCUCGGCCAGUCGAUUCCCCCCGAUACAGCACAUGCCGUGAGUGUGUCUUUGCCUACAUGGAAGGACAACGUCGGUUACGAGGAGGGCGAGAAAUGGGUUGUCGACAAGUUGACAACAGGCUACCCAAGAUUUUUCGUCCAUAGGAGCAUCGAGGCCCUCGCUGAGGCUAUAGUGCGGACUCAUGGACGGCCCGGCCAGCGAGCCAUGCUGUUUCCCAGCCCAGCAGCCGCCAGACGGUGUGUUGACUUCAUGUGCCGACACGGCGACGGUUCGCUGAAGUCCGUCCUGCAAGUCGUUGAUCUCGGCCUCGAUGCUUCUCAAGACAUUUCGAGCCAGCUCAAAGCCCUGUCUCCCGCCAUAUCUGGUGUUAUAUGUCCAGCAGAAUCAUACGCCCUGGCCAAGCAAUACUGGCAACAUUCUGGGGACGGUGUCUCGAGUCGCCGGGCCGAAUUUUGCCAUGGCUUACUCCGCGAGGGCCUUCUUUGCCCCUCGUCACGACCAAGUUCACCGGAAAACAACCAGCAAAAGACAUGCAAGGGGCCCAAGAGGUAUCAGCGCGGAUCUGUCGACAUGAAAAUACCCCCUGUGGCCAACGGCAGUCCGCACACGACGCCGGACAAGGACAGGAACGUAACGGCUGAGUCUGUCGAGAGCAUGCGGUUCCUUGAAGAGCGCUUCGGCCGGAACCUGGAUCUGUCGUUUGUCGAACGUGCCAAGUCGGCCAUUCGCAGAAGAAUCGCAGGCGCAAUGGCCGCCGAUCUCGAGUCGAGCGUCACCUCACUGCCACCCAUGACGACCAACGCCAGGGGUCUCUCUGAGCUGCAGGAAAGCGACGUCUAUCUUUUCCCCUGCGGUAUGAACGCCAUUUUCAACGCUCACCGAGCCAUGCUCCGUGCAAGGGGUAACCUGGAAAGCAUAAGUUUUGGUUUCCCCUACGUCGACACGUUGAAAAUUCUGCAAAAGUUCGGGCCAGGAUGCCGCUUUUACGGCCAUGCUUCGUCGGAAGACCUGGACGACUUGGAAAAGCGGCUCGAGAACGGAGAGCGUUUCCUGGCGUUGUUCUGCGAGUUUCCGGCCAAUCCGCUCCUGUCGUGUCCAGACCUGGUGCGCAUCCGGCAACUCGCCGACAAGUACGAUUUUGGCGUCGUUGUGGAUGAAACGGUGGGGACAUUUGUCAAUGUCGAGGUGGUCAAGUUUGCCGACAUUGUCGUCAGCAGUCUGACCAAGAUCUUCUCUGGCGACUGCAACGUCAUGGGAGGCAGCGCCAUACUGAACCCCGCAAGCCGGUACUACGCCGCGCUGCACGUAGUGUUCAUGGAGAGGAACAGCCGCGACUUCCACUCCCGCAUCGAGAGGACGAACAUCAACUCGGAGGCCCUCUGCGACAUACUCUCGGCCAGCCCUCUCGUCAAGCGCGUCUACUACCCCAAGGUGAACCCAACACGUGCCAACUAUGAAGCAUGCCGACUCCCCGAUGGUGGCUAUGGUGCGCUGCUGUCUGUUACGUUUCAUCGUCGGGAGUGCGCCAUGGCCUUCUUCGAUGCCGUUGAGACUGCGAAAGGCCCAAGUCUCGGGACCAACUUUACUCUCACCUCGCCUUACGUCCUACUCGCCCACUACCAGGAGCUUGAAUGGGCGGCCCAGUUCGGUGUUGACCCGGACCUGAUCCGUGUCAGUGUGGGGUUGGAGGAAACCGAGGAGCUUGAAUCCAUCUUUAUGCGGGCUCUGGAGGUUGCCGACAGUGCAAAGAAAAUCGAGUAG